AGGCGGGGCCGCACGCGCAAGUCUCGCGAUCAGUGGAGAAGGUCGGAGAGAGCGAAAAAUGGUCCUUUGCGGGCUCGGCAGUCCUGUGAGCUUGGUUCCCUGGGCUGCAGCCCUGCUCUUCGUUCUGAGCGUGGCAAGGGCUUUGGCGCUACCCGAGAUAUGCACCCAGUGUCCAGGGAGAGUGCAAAAUUUGUCAGAAGUGGCUCUUUAUUGCAAGCGGACACCAGAGCUAACGCUGCAAGCCCGCUGCUGCCUGAAUGGGGAAGGCACCAUCCUGGGGCUGGAUCUCCAGAACUGCUCUCUGAAGGACCCUGGUCCAAACUUUCCUCAAGCACAUACUGCUAUCAUCAUAGACCUGCAGGCAAACCCCCUCCAGAGUGACUUGGUCAACACCUUCCAUGGCUUUACUCACCUCCAGACUCUGAUACUGCCACAAGAUGUCAACUGUCCUGGAGGUAUUAAUGCCUGGGAUACUGUCACUUUUUAUGUAAACAACCAAAACUGCGAAGGACAAAGGAAUAUUUGCAACAGCACUGAGGAUCCAGAAAUAUGUCCUGAGAAUGGAUCUUGUGUACCUGAUGGUCCAGGUCUCUUGCAGUGUGUUUGUGCUGAUGGCUUCCAUGGCUACAAGUGUAUGCGCCAGGGCUCCUUCCCAUUGUUCAUGUUCUUUGGUAUUCUGGGAUCCACCACCUUAUCCAUCUCCAUCCUUCUUUGGGGGACUCAACGCCGAAAAGCCAAGGCUUCAUGAACCACAGAUCUUCCUACUGACCUAAAGAUCAUCCCCAUCUUAACCGAGUCAGGGAGAUUUGCUUCCUAGGCAUCAUUCAUCUGCGGAUCCUCCCAAGGCAGAGGCCUCCGUUGGAAGGAAGACGGAAAUUUGCACAACCCUGGUGUGUUGUAGACAUCCAGUCCGGGAGUGGACUAGUACCAAUUCACAUUUGUGCUGUUGACCAUAAUAAACAGUUUUUCUUUUUUU